AUGGAAGAGCUCAAGCUCAAGCUCAAGCAUUGCGCCCAUGAUUGCGUGUUGACUUCGCCGGAGAUCGUCGCCGACGGCAUCUGCAACAUAUGUUACAAAGAUGAACCGGUGGAGUUCGCUUGUAACAAUUGUAAUUUCGAUCUCUGCAAAACUUGCUCCAUGAUCCCACCGACGGUCUCUCAUGGUUUUCACCCACAACACCCCCUGGAGUUUUGUAUAAGGAAAAAUGAAGGGACCACAAGAUCCAUGCUCUGCUCUGGGUGUGGGACUUUGUUUUCUGGGUCUUUUUACUUCAAGUGUAAGGAGUGUGAGAUCUAUUUGCAUGUCGGUUGUGGGCUCCUGGAGAACAUCACCACUGGCUGGGACGCUGAAGAAAUUUUCCAUUACAGCCAUGUCCACUCGGUUAGGAGGUGUAAACCAGGACUAGACUCCAAUGCCUCUUGCCUACUCUGUGAGCUUCCGAUUUCUCCAUCUGCGAUAUCUUAUGAUUGUGCUCAGUGUUCCUUGUUUGUUCACCAGCACUGUCUUGAUCUUCCGAGAGAGAUUCAACAUCCUGUGCAUCCUGCACACCCGCUCAUACGCCUUGAUUUCACAUAUCUUUGUGGUGAUGGAAUUGAUUGCAAUGCAUGUAAACUUCAUAUCGAUGGUGUCCCGUUUGGUUGCCCAGAAUGUAAUGUUUACCUUCAUAUGAGGUGUGCAGAUACCUUGUUGCGAGGUCUGGUGUACAAGUCUCCUCAGCACAGGUUGUUUUAUCGUCUUACCGGUGCUGAUUAUGAUUUAACUUUUCUACCAUGUGAAAUAUGCAAGGGCAUUGAUAAGAUCUCUGUCGAUUCCUAUUUUCACUGUAUGGAAUGUGAUUUGAGGUUUCAUUAUGAGUGUCUUGGGUUGCCCGAGUCCAUAUUCAGGAAAUCUUAUCACAUCCAUCGUCUCUUCUGUAAGACAUUCCAAACCCGAGAUGAUGAAGAUUCUAUGGAGUAUUGUGGUGUUUGUGAGACAUUGGUACAUACGGGACAUCCUGCUUAUUCCUGCAAAACAUGUGAUUUUGUGAGUCACAUUGAAUGCAUCCUACAUGAGGAAGUGCCUUCUCCAUUAUACUUGAAAGAUCUCUAUUCUUGUGGAAAAGAAGACGUCGUCACCAAGCCAGUAGAUCAAGAGGACAUCAGUGAAGCCAAAAAAUUAGAGAGCAAACUUAUGGUUAAUGGUAUCAAUCAUACUCAUGUGCUGACAUUGGCCGGACCUAGGAAAGCCCGUGUAUGCUGUUAUAUUUGUCAUGAGGAAAUAUUUGGUAGAACAUGGAAGUGCAAUGUAGUAAUUGGUAGACCAUGGACAAACAGUGCAUGUAACCCUGCAAAGAAAGUUAUGAAUUGUGGAACCUGCAAAGCGGAGAUAAAGUCGUAUAAUCUCUUCUGCCGCAUUUGCAAUUUUAUCAUAUGUACCACAUGCAUGGUAAAAGCUAAACAUUUUCUUGGAGAAUCCCAUAGAGGGAAGAAACUCAUCGGAGCUUGGGAAGGACGAUGCUUGCUAGACAGACAUUUCUUAGUUCAAGUAAUGGUAUCGAGGUCAUAUCCGAUGGGUUGCAACUUUUGUGAUGGGAGGUUGUCUGGAAUCACUCUGUCAUGUAUGGAAUGUGAUGAUAUAUAUCAUCUUCGGUGUACUAAACUUGGGAGACAAAAGAGAUUCACUAGUCUCCUCCAUUCUGAUCACACACUGAGAUUAGAGCUGAUGCCUCGAUCCAACUCCAACUCCACCUCCACCUCCAUCUCAAAGUGCACUUCCUGCAAACUGAGCAUUACAAAGUAUGGCCUUUGUUGUUACCCUUGCAAACUCAGUUUCCAUAUAAAAUGCAGCGAAUUAGUGGAAGUCUCAGAAGAUACCGGGUCGUCUCACCGUCACACUUUCUAUAACUAUUGGAUUGAUGAUUGGAAGUUGGCUCGAACCUGCAAUGUUUGUUCAAGAGUUUGUGGUAUGUCCUUCUACGGAUGUAUUGAUUGUAACUUCAACGCCCAUGUGGAGUGUCUUGGGUUUCCAGCCAAUGUGAAGAACCAACUGCACAAGCACACGCUUGAGCUAUCAUUUACUUCUCGCAGUAAAAAGGAAAAUUGUUCUCAUUGUGGACUUCCUUGCGAUAAAAGGGUUUACUACUGCCAUCACUGCGAGGUCGUGUUCCACAUGGAAUGUUUAAUGUCCACGGAUGAAAGUAAAGCAGCAACAAAAGAGGAACAGCUUCAAGACAUAUAUCUUAUGUACAUUGAGCGUCAUCUCUUAAACCUUCUUGGGAAAGAUGGCUCACACAAUCAUCGCUUCGGGUAUAAGCAAGGAAAACCACUCUUGAUGGAGGAGACAGACAGUACUGAUGAAGAAGACCGUAGUACUAGUAGUGGUGACGAAAGCAGCAGAGACUUAUCACCAGUUCACCACUAUGGUCUAAAACUCCCCCGAAUCCGUUUAGGACUAGACGCUAAAGGUUUGCUCAAGCGUCCACCAAUUUUACACCAUAGUGGUGGACUGGUGAUAAGUCUAUUGACGCUCUCGUUAGCAUCUCCAACACUUUCGCAGCAGAUUGGCUCAAGCGUUAUUGUACACACACACAAAUGA